UGCUGCGAUGUAACUUACCUUUUAAGAUCGUUGUGAAUGUAUCGUUAGUCUGAAAAUUACAAUUUGUGAACAAACGAAAAGUUCAAUUAGCAGAUGGGUUAAAUGUCUGUGUAUUUCUGAUUGCCCUUACUGAGCAAUGGUUGGCCAUGGUCGGUAAAUGCGCACCAGGUGCACGUGCGUUUGGAGUUUUAUUAGGAGUGUGUUGAGUUUAUUCUCGUGGGAAAUACGCGUGGCUUGAUCUGCGUUUCUCCGCUUUGCACCGAUGAUCAGCGGCGGGGAGGCGUGAAAGAACUCACGCCCAGAUAUGAUAAACGUGACGCUCCAGCAAACGAGCACCACACACCCAAAGGCGUUGGCUCAGCUGUAUUUUUAAUUUUCGUCACUUUCAGAAUAGAUAUUUAUUUAUUAAAGUAAAUUUUCAGUCAUUUUGUUUCAUUCCAGUUUGGAGUUUAUAGUGAUUUGGACGAGAUUUUGUUUUGGACCCAUCGCUGAAAGUUCAGUCAAUGGAACAUAUCUGGAAAUUGCACAGCCAUAGCUGAGACACAGAGAGGAUUUUCACACAGGACACCCCAAAUCUACAGUGUCAUCUGUCCUUCAUUUACUACCUACAGAACACACACAUGGAUAUCCAAGAAGAUCUCAUAGACAGGGACAUCACUCUGAAUGUACUGCUCCCAGGAGGACAGGAGACCACGGCCACAGUGCACGGCAGUAAGCCAGUUAUGGAUGUUUUGGUUACACUGUGUGCUCAACACCAUCUCGUUCCAUCGGAUCAUGUCAUUAAGCUUGUUUCCACGAAUCAAAACCACAUCAAUUUCAAACCCAACUCCAUGAUUGGCUCUCUUGAGUUUGAAAGAGUUGUCCUGCAAACUAAAGGAUGUGAUAACAAGAAGAAACCCCAUGUUCCUGUGGCAACAGUUCGUCUUCUGGUUAACUACAAGAAGUCUCAUAAGGCAGUAGUACGAGUCAAUCCUACAGUGCCGCUGGUUGAGCUGAUGCCCAUAGUGUGUGAGAAGUGUGAGUUCGACCCUGAUGCCACCAUCUUACUGAGGACAUAUCAAUCAGAGGAACCUCUGGAUCUCACCAAAACACUCAAUGACUAUGGAAUCAGGGAGCUGUAUGCCAAAGACAUUAAAGUGGUACCAAACUAUCCUGCUGAUCCUGUAUCAACCCAUAAAGGUGGUGAGGAAGAACAGAAAUCCUCAGUUAAAGAAAAGAACCACAGAGGGAAGGGAAACAAAGGUUUCUUUGGAUUAUUCAAGAAGAACAAGAAAACACCUGAGCAGGCUAUGAUUGGCAGUGCUCCGAACUCUCCUGAACGGAACGGCCAGCGUGUGGACAGGGUGAAUGGUGUUAAUGGUCACUCAGCCUUACCCAUGGUCCCUGCCGACAUGCCAAAGAAGAGACGCGCUCCACGGCCUCCUAUGACGGCGUCCCAGAGUGUCGCCUGUGGGCAUCACACCACUGACUUUUCCGACCCACCAGAGAGUGACUCUGCUAGAAAACAGGGUCACCUCAGUCGUAUCUUUUCCACCGAGUCCUCCCUUAAAAGGACUAAACGGAGAGCUCCGCCCCCUCCAUGUGAUGGCCCCACCCCAUCCGAUUCAGACAACAAAGUAGAGGAUGCUCAAGGGGAUGAAAAGAGUUCAAACAAAUACAGAGCUCACAUUGCUGGCUACUGCCCUGCAAUCACUAAAGUUAUGAGUGAACUUGCCGAAUCUCUGCAGGAACGCCAACAGAGAACACUAUCUUCUACAAAUUCUUGUAUAUCCCAGCAGCAGCUAGCAGAAGAUUCUUCUAAGGGUUUGUUUUCUGAGCAUCACACCCCUGAGGCUGAGCUUAAGGCACUUUCUGGCUGUCAGCUGCUGAGAAACCCCUCUGAGAGAGAAGGUUUGACCACAUUCACCGUGGUUCCCCAGAGACGUCAGCAGAGCAGGCAAUGUUUUGAGGUGGCGCUUAACUUACAGACACCUGACACUGCUAAAGCCGAACAAGAGCUGUGCCCUGGAGACCCAGAUGCACUAGAGAACCCCGAUGCACUUGAGAACCCCAUUACAGAGCUUCCAGAAGCAGUCCCAACUGAACCUUUUAAAAAUGGGUGCAAGGGUUCAGAUAAAAGCAACCCCUUACCAGAGGUUGUACAUCCUGAGGAGCAAGAGAAUCAAGCUUGGACAGAUGUAGAGAGUGAGAAUUUGGAACUUAAAGAUGAAGAGGACCAAUGUAUUCAUCCAGAAGACAUGGAGCUGGAGAGUUCAGAAUCGCCCCUAAGAGGUGUUGGUAAUCUAGAACAUUUAGGCAGUACAAUGAAUAAUCUAGAACUAAAAGGCACUUGGGUUUCUCAAUCAGAAGCAGCUGAUAAACUUGCUGACAUGUCCCCAAUCGAUCCAAAGUCAGGCCCUGUGAAGCAAGAGGAGAUGGAAGAAGAUGCUUUGGUGGAAACUGGAGAAGAAAAGGAUUGGGUAGAAGAAUACAAAGAGAGGAGAAGAAAGUUUCAAGGUGCUGGUGGGUAUAAUGAUGGUUUGAAAAAGUUAGAUGUUUGGGGAAGGAUUCAAAGAGAAUUUACAAACAUGCAAGAAGAGACAACAAUGCAAGAAAUGGGCUUCCCAUCACCUCCACCUCCUGUCUACUGGGAUGACAAUAAUAGUGAAAAUAAAGAAGAUGAAGAAAACAGGCGCGAGCAGGAAAUGCAGACGUACGAUGAAGACCUUGACCAGUAUGCGAACUUGGACUCAAAGCCCAGAUGUGCGCCUUAUCUGCACUACUCCAAACCGAAAUCCCACUCUACCCAAACUAACAGUGAUCCAGGCACCACUAGUGCUGACAAUAACUGCAGCUCUAAUCCAGAACCUCAUAGAACCUCCAUUUUAUCUAAAUCGCAUUCAAGCUUUGACCCCUGCCCCUCUACAACCGUGUCUCUUUUCGCCUUGGCUGUUUUCCAGAAAGCGAAGCGCUCCAAACCAGGGCUGGAUCCUAACUGCUCCAGGAGACAGGAGCUGCCCAGAAACACACACAUUUUUGACGUAAACUUUGAUGCGUUCUAGCAGUCAUGGGGUGAGUAUGAAUGCAUUGUACCGUAUGACAAUGAAAAACUUUUUGAAGUGACUCAAUCUAAUGACACCUCAAGUGUAUGCUCAGUGUAAAACCAUACAAUGUACUGCAUGUGGCUUCCUGAAUGACUGACAUGUGCUAAAAAUGGACCUGGCUCUGGCUUUCAAACCUGGUUCCAGGAAAUACAGAGCUGCAGAUGAGUCUUGCAGAACGAUAAGACUUACCAUGGUGUCUUGUUUUUUUCCAGGUAAUUGAUGUCCAGUCUGAAUAUGGGAGUGUUCAUAAAUAAGGAAGAGACGUUCUUCAUCAGAAUGAAUAGGACACACUAUAUUAAAACGACACCUGUUUCUUAUAAGAUUAUCUGAUUCCGUGUUUUAGCACUAUGUAUAUUUUGGAUGGAUGAUGAUGAUGAUGAAUAUUUUGUAAGCUUUACUUUCAUUUUCUUGUUUUGUUGACUGGUUUCACUGAGACUUUCAGAAAGGAGGAUUUUUCCAACCUUUUAAUUGGCUCUCACAGGAACAAUAUGAUGCCAGGAGUAAACUUUGCCUCAAUGGGAUACAUGCAUGUAUUCAUAUGUGUGUGUGUGUAUAUAUAUAUAUAUAUAUAUUAAUGAAAGCUUGUAUUGCAGAGUUGGUCUUUUUUUUUGCCAGAGAAAUUAGUCCUGAGGAACUUGCCAGGAUACUGUUUUCUGCAUGUUGUCUUUUGUAUUUUUGAGCUUAAAUAGCAUUUGUUCAUAAACAAAUGUCAAGCAAAGUAUGUGUCGUCAUUCAGAUUUGAGAAAAAAUAUAAUGGCCAAGACCGAGUGGGUUGUGCUGCGUUAAAGAAAUAGUUCACCCAAAA